GGACGGAAAGGAGGAGCGAGGGGAGGAGGAGGGGCGCCCGCGAGCGUCCAGGCGCAGGCCCCGACUCACCCUGCCUACCCCGGCCCAGGCCCCGCGCUCAGUUCCCGGCCAUGGUGGAGGCCUGGUACAUGGACGAGGCGGCCGACGACCCGCGGCUGCCGCACCGCGCCGAGCCCGCGCGCCCUGUCGGCCUGGAGCAGCUGCGCCGGCUCGGGGUCCUUUACUGGAAGCUGGAUGCAGACAAAUACGAGAACGAUCCAGAAUUAGAGAAGAUCCGAAAAGAGAGAAACUACUCCUGGAUGGACAUCAUAACCAUAUGCAAAGACAAACUACCGAACUAUGAGGAGAAGAUCAAGAUGUUCUUUGAGGAGCACUUACACCUGGACGAGGAGAUCCGCUACAUCCUGGAUGGCAGCGGGUACUUUGACGUGCGGGACUGGGAGGACCAGUGGAUCCGGAUCUCCAUGGAGAAGGGGGACAUGAUCACCCUGCCGGCCGGCAUCUACCACCGCUUCACGCUGGACGAGAAGAACUACGUGAAGGCCAUGCGGCUGUUCGUGGGAGACCCUGUGUGGACGCCGUACAACCGGCCGUCGGACCACCUCGAGGCCCGGACGCGGUACCUGGAGUUCUUGGCACGGACGGCCUAGCGGCCCCGCGGGCCCCUCAUGAGGCAGCGUGGAGUCUGUCCCUUUUCCCUGCUUCAACGCUGCAGGCGCGAGGCUGGGGAGCCUCCUCUGCAAGCUUGUCAGAUCAGAACACUAUUUUUUUGAUCAGAACAUGUUUUAAUGGACGGAGCUAUGGGGCUGGUUGGAUGUGCAACCAGCUGGAAAUUUGGGCAGGUGAUUCACUUCUCUGAUUCGGGGUCAGGGGUCAGUGGCCCCGCAUUAGCUCGAGCCUUCAGCUCUGACCAGUGAGUUUCAUCUCCCAAAAUACAGCCACUUGAUGCCUGAUUCUCGGGCUUUUAAACAGGCGCCAGGCGAGGCCAUACCUGCCCUGUGCAGGCAUGUGACAGUGGGUGACAGGACGGGUGGAGAGGUCACCCACUUUUCUCCCAAGACACAGGGGUGCUGGGGGGAAGCUGGCAUGUUGGGGGACACGCACUCGCUUACGCCACUUUCUUGCUCAGAAUAAAGGAGCUGCCUUGAUGCUCUGCUGGCGGCUUGGAGCUGCCUUAUAUUGU